UUGGGAGUUGCAAAAAGAAAACAUCAAAAAACAAUUGUUUAAAUAGUGAAAAUGAAAGCAUUACAGCUUAUGGUGGUGUUUGUUUUGUCUGUUGCUCUAAUAACAAUAAUUGCGGCCCAAAACUCGGACUACACAAAACUCUGUCGCUUAUUCAAAAAUAAUACAAAAAUACGUGUCCCCGGAUCAUGUCAUCAAUAUAUUGUGUGUAAUGGCGAUAGCGGUGAUAUCUUUAGCUGUGCAAACAAUUUAAAAUACAGUGCAAAAGACCAGAAGUGUAUGAAUGAUUUUACGGACAGCAAACGAAUAUGCGAAAAUCGUUGUACGGGUGUUAAGGAUGGCACUUGGGUGGCAGAUCCAACCAAUUGUCAUGGCUACUACUACUGCCAAAAUGGUAAAGCCUUAGCUAGUAGCUGUGAGCGGCAAUACUAUUUCGAGGAGAAACCCACACCAAUGUGUGUUUAUCCCAGAUACUCGACGUGUAUAGAUGUGAAUAACAUUUGUGAACUUGUAGCAGAUAAUACGCAAUUUCGCAAUGAGAUGGAUUGCUCGCAAUACUAUAAGUGUGCGAAAAACAUACUAUCACCAUCUACUAAUUGCACUAAAUCUUUUUACUUUGAUGUGGAAACUCAAAACUGUAAGGAAAGAAAAUAUGUCAAAUGUAAUGCCCAUCCUAUAAACCAUGUAUGCUUGGGAAAGGUUGGCAAAAAAGCGGAUGGUGGUUCAUGUCGUGGUUACUUUCUUUGUGCUUACAUGGGUACACAUGCAUAUGACGCGCAACCAGUUUGGUUGGAAUGUCCCGCAGGUACGUUUUUCAGUGAAGAAGCAAAGAGUUGUGUGGAUCCAACAGAAGUUAAGUGUGAUCAUAACCGCUGCGACGGCCGUGGCAAAAUGUUGGUUAACAGUUCACAAAACAAUUGUCGAAAUUAUAUUGAGUGCGAAAAUAAUAAGGAAGUGAAAGAGGGCACCUGUGGCAGAAGUUACUUUUUCGACGAGCAUUUACAAGCAUGCGUACCCAAUAUUAUUUAUUUUAAAUGUUGUGACCAACCGGAUACGCAUUAAUUAAAACUAAAAAAAUCGAUUCAAUCAGUCAACUGAAUGCUUUAUUGAUAGUAAAUUUACUUGCCAAACUACUGGAGUUUAGAGUUUAGCUUUCAGUUAAAACAUUUAAGGUUUUUUGCUUUCUGAAAAUGUUCUUAAAACAACUAAAACUCCAUGUUGUCGCACUUACAAUAAACUAUUACAU